AUGGAGCCCGAGCCGCGGCCCGGGGCUGCCGCCGCGGCCCUGACCCAGCCCCCGGAGCAGGAGAGGAAGCUGGAGCAGGAGAAGCUCUCCGGGGUGGUGAAGAGCGUCCACCGGCGGCUGCGCAGGAAGUACCGGGAAGUGGGAGACUUUGACAAGAUCUGGCGUGAACACUGCGAGGAUGAGGAAACUCUUUGUGAAUAUGCUGUGGCAAUGAAAAACCUUGCAGAUAAUCACUGGACAAAAUCUUGUGAAGGGGAAGGUCGAAUUGAAUGGUGUUGCAGUGUGUGCCGAGAAUAUUUUCAAAAUGGCGGAAAGAGAAAAGCACUUGAAAAAGAUGAGAAAAGAGCAGUUGUUGCAUCUAAGACCACUUCAGCCUUAAAUGUUCACCAGACUCCCAAAAUUGAAGAACCCUUACCCAACUUCAGCUUUACAAAUCAUGAAACUAUAUCAGAGGAGUUGCUGCCCCCCUCAGGAAAAAUUAGAUUACUUGAUGUUGGCAGCUGCUUUAAUCCAUUUCUGAAGUUUGAAGAAUUCUUGACUGUCGGCAUAGACAUUGUCCCAGCUGUUGAGAGUGUAUACAAAUGUGACUUUUUAAACCUUCAAAUUCAGCAACCUCUCCAGCUUGCGCAAGAUGCUAUAGAUGCCUUUCUUAAACAGCUGAAAAAUCCCAUUGAUUCUCUACCUGGAGAACUCUUCCAUGUCGUGGUUUUCUCACUUCUCCUUUCUUACUUUCCAUCACCUUAUCAACGAUGGAUAUGCUGCAAGAAGGCCCAUGAACUUCUGGUGCUGAAUGGCUUGUUGCUUAUAAUCACUCCUGACUCCUCCCACCAGAAUCGCCAUGCUAUGAUGAUGAAAAGCUGGAAAAUUGCCAUAGAAUCCCUGGGCUUUAAACGUUUCAAGUAUUCAAAGUUUUCUCACAUGCACCUGAUGGCAUUCAGGAAAAUCUCCCUGAAAACUAAAAGUGAUUUAGUUAGCAGGAACUACCCAGGGAUGCUGUAUAUUCCACAGGAUUUCAACAGUGUAGAAGAUGAGGAAUAUUCUAACACUUCCUGCUACGUCCGAUCAGAUAUUGAAGACGAACAGCUAGCUUACAGCUUCAUGGAGCUUCCUGAUGCCCCUUAUGAUUCAGACUCUGGAGAAAGCCAGGCUAGCUCAGUCCCGUUCUAUGAGCUAGAAGAUCCUAUAUUACUUUCAAGUUAAUGUAAUAGUUAAAAUGCCCUUUAAGUCCAAACUACUUUA